AGUUCCUGUUGUUUUUGCUGUGUACGUGAACAAAUUAUAACUAAGAUGUCAGAAAUUGUUACUUUUGGAGCUGAGGGGAUACUGACGAAGGUGGCUUCACUUGCCCAACAAGAAUUCAAUCUUCUGCGGGGAUUCAAAGGAGAACUCACAAGUCUGCGUGAAUCAUUGUCCAAGGUUCAAGCCAUGCUACAAGAUGCCGGGAAAAAAAGGGAUCGGGCCGAGGCGGUCAAAAUGUGGGUGAAGGACCUUGAAGACAUAGCUCAUGAUGCUGAUGAUGUGUUGGAUGAAUAUGAAUAUGAAGUUCUCCGGCGUAAGGUAGAAGUGCAAGACCAGAUGAAGAAAAAGGUACUCAAUUUCUUUUCACUCCACUACAAUCCCAUUGCAUUCCGUCACAAAAUGGCACAUAAAAUCAAGAAAAUCAACUCAUCUUUAGUCAAUCUGAAGAAUGAGGCAGCUAGUAUUGAUCUAGUUGAAAGAACAUUCCAAGGUGGAAGCUCUCAUGAUGCAGGAGUUGACAGGGAAACCGUCUCCAGCUUUGCUCAAGAUGAAAAGUACGUCGUUGGAAGGGAGAAGGUUGUGUUAGAUAUAGUAACAACCUUGAUCGACUCAAGCAAUACUCCAAAGAAUUCUCUCUCGGUUAUGCCCAUUGUAGGAUUUGCUGGCUUGGGAAAAACAACUUUGGCUAAAUCUAUAUAUAAUCAUGAUGAGAUAGGCAGACAAUUCACUAUAAAAAUAUGGAUAUGCGUAUCUAUUCCUUUCGAAGUCAAGUCGAUUUUAAACAAGAUCUUGGUACAUUUUAAACCAGAAAAGGCUCAAGAGAAGGAAGCAGCACUCAAAAAUCUUCAAAAACAUCUGAAAGGAAAACGAUAUUUGCUUGUACUCGAUGAUGUUUGGAACGAAGAACCUGACAAAUGGAAUGAUUUGACGAGUUGUUUGUCAAGUGUUAAAGAUACCCAAGGAAGCAGCAUUCGAUUGCAAGAGUAAAUACUCUUAAUUGCUUGAUUUACAAGCCUCUUACGAGAGUAGAUUUGCUACGUUUGAUGAUGCCUUUAUUUUUUUAUUAUAAAGAAAUAUAGUCAUUAA